AGGGUGACUUUGGGACAUCUGUAGAAAGUGAAUGGAUCCGUUAGUGGGUGAAACGGAGGAAAGAACACCAGAAAAUGAAGACACGGGGCAAACAGUGAGUGAAGGCCCAAUGGAUGCCGAGAAGGAGAAUGAAGAGGAAACUCCUCAGUCAGGCACAUCUGUGAAAAAAGAUGAAUUCCAAUGGAGCACUUACUUGGAAGAGACUGGAGCUGUAUGUGCUCCUUCAGAGUGUUUCAGACAGUCCGAGAUUCCACCGGAUAAUGACUUCAAAAUUGGUAUGAAAUUGGAAGCCCGUGACCCUCGCAAUAUAGCUUCGAUGAGCCUCGCGACGGUAAUUGGAAUUAUUGGGGCCAGGCUGCGUUUACGCCUGGACGGCAGUGACAACAAAAACGAUUUCUGGAGACUUGUGGAUUCUACAGAGAUACAACCUAUUGGGACAUGUGAAAAGCAAGGGGACUUACUUCAGCCUCCACUGGGAUACCAGAUGAAUACAUCAUCUUGGCCAAUGUUUCUUACACGUACACUGAAUGGAUGUGAAGCGGCACCUGCAACGUUCUUUAAGAAGGAACCACCUGUACCACCUCUAAAUUUUUUUAAAGUGGGAAUGAAACUGGAAGCUAUAGACAAAAAGAACCCGUUUCUGAUCUGCCCUGCCACUAUUGGAGGUGUUAAAGGAGAUGAAGUUUAUAUCACAUUCGAUGGCUGGGGUGGAAUUUUUGAUUAUUGGUGCAAGUACUAUUGUCGAGAUAUUUUUCCAGUUGGAUGGUGUCGUCUGACAGGAGAUGUAUUACAACCACCAGGAACUCAUGUUCCUAUUACAAAGAAUAUAGCCAAAACACAGUCGACUUCUUCCAAAGAGACCAGACCCGUUACAAAGAAUAUAGCCAAAACACAGUCGUCUUCUUCCAAAGAGACCCAGCCCACUACAAAGAAUACAGCCAAAACACAGUCUUCUUCUUCUAAAGUGACUCAGCAGUCAAUGCAAUCUUCACAUAAAACUGCUGUAACAUUGCCAAAACAGCAGGUCAAGAAAUCAGGUCGGACUAAACCACCUGCACGUACUCCAGUCCCCAAGAAGGGAAUUUCUGUUAAAAUUCCCACAACAAAGGAAAAACGCCCAUACACAAGAAGAAAGGAAAAAGGUAUUCCUGUUGUGUGUUCUACUUCUUCAGUUUCUGUAAAGAUGCUGAUGAGGGGCCGUGGUGUUCCAUAUAAGGAUCCCCCUCCUGGCUCUAAAAUAAUGAUGUCUACAGUCUGUGUUUAUAUAAACAAAUAUGGAAAUGUUGGCCCUUACCUGGAUCAGAAGAAAAUCCAGCAGCUGCCUGACCACUAUGGCCCUGGCCCUGUGAAUGUGGUGCUCCGGCACACUGUGCAGGCCUUUAUGGAUUGUGCCAUUGAAAGUAAGACUCUGUUUGGAUUCCUUAAGCCAGAUGAUCGUGGAGGAGAAGUGAUAACUGCCUUCUUUGAUGGAGAAACUCAUUCUGUCAACCUCCCUCCAGUGAACAGUGCAUCAUUUGUUCUUCGUUUUCUUGAGAAUUUAUGCCACACCAUGCAGUGUGAUAACCUUUUGAGUAGCAAGCCUUUUGAUACUUACAGAGGUAAUACUCAUAGUGCUGCAGAGCAUGAUCAAAAUAAGUCAGUAAAAGAAGACAUAACAGAAAAACAAAGCACCAAACGACCUUCUCAGGAACCUCUACCUGAUGUUGCUACUCUUUCUCCUAAGCUCCCCAAAACAAAUGUGCAUGCCUGUACAGGACUAUCGUGUUCUCGGGGAGAUGACAUACCCAAAGAGGAGCUUCCUAAAGAUCCCAAGAACUCACCACCAAAUUCAGCACAUUUUUUGAAUCCUGACUUCACAAAUCCUAUAACUGUGCCAGGAAUCUCAAGUUUCGAACUACCGGAAACCGAAUCAUCUACUCAGAGCAGUCAUCAUGAAAUUGAAUUGCAAGUGCUGAGUGAAAGUGAAGCUUCAAGUUAUGGAGCUAUAUCUGCACCCAUUCUCCUGAAACAAGGCUUCUCUAAGAACCCUUCAACCUGGUCUGUGGAUGAAGUGAUAGAAUAUAUGAAACAAAAAGAUCCUCAGCUGUCAGGCUCCCAUGCAGACCUCUUCAGGCAACAUGAAAUUGAUGGAAAGGCUCUGCUGCUACUCAAAAGUGAUAUUAUGAUGAAGUAUAUGGGGCUGAAGUUGGGGCCAGCUUUAAAGUUAUGUUACUACAUUCAAAAACUUAAAAAAAAGGGAAAACAAUUAAAAAAGGUGUAAGCUUAGGUUAGAUAUAAGUCUCAGUUGUCCUGAUAACUUAAUAAUUGAAAAUUAUUUUUAUUCUCUUAGCAGUUUUAGUUUUAUAGACAGUUCUGAAAAAAAUUUAUUAUAUCCAGAAUUGUAGAACUACAGUCUAGUCCAGUCUGCUUCUUUAUAAACCAUUUAACAUGUUAGUAUUAGCAUAUUCACAUUGGCAGUUCAUUCUCUAUAGCUUUUUAUUAUUUUAUUGUACAGUUGACAAAUAUAGUUCAUGUAGGAAACAGAAAAACACCUUUGAUUUUAGUUAGUGUUUGUAUAUAAAACCAAAACAGCUAAAUCCAAAGGGGAAAGUAUCAGGGAUUGACAAGUUCUCUAAUGAAUAAUCUAUGAGAAGCUUUUCUUAGAAGAGAAUUUCAAGAUGCAACUGCCGAUGCUGUCUCUUUCUCAAAUAGUGUGUAUCUUCAGAUAGUGUGUAUCUGUUACUGUAGUGUUCUGUUCGUGUUCUACCAGUUUCCAGAAAGGAAACGGCCAUAUAAGUUAUUUUCCUUUUGUUAAUAUUUCUCUGUUGUAUUUGUUCCUAUUUAAAGAAAAAAAAACAAGCUUACAGACUUUCAUAAAAUGUUCUUACCAGUUUUUGAUAAUUUUCAAACAGUUAUAGGAUAGAUAGUUGUUUUAUGCAGGAGAUAUUAUACUACAAGGGUGGUUUGGAUGAAGUUUGAUUUUUUUUCAGUAAAACACCUAUUAUUUUAAAACUACAUAUUUUUGCUAAUCUUAGACAUUUAACUAGGCAUUCAUUUCUCACAUCUCUAUAUGAAGAUACCUGUGCCCAAAUUUUUAAAAGAUAUAUAUUUUGUUGUCUGCAUUUAUUCUUCAUAUUGAUAGUAUACCAUAUUUAUAUAUUAUUCUAUAGCUGUAAGUAUACAAACAAGUAAACUGUUCUUUUUGAAUUUAAUAUGGCACUUUACACUACCACAGAGGUAAUGAUUAACUAUUUAUAUAAUUAGAUGUUUUUAUUCUGCAAAAAAAUAUGUGCAUCAUUUGCUAUUACUAGUACCUCUCAGCAGUCUUCAGGGGAUAAGAAACUAUCCGUAGAUUGGUUUCCAUACAGGGAAGUUCUCUGUCCUAUGCAAUGUUCCUGGCUAAUUUGCUUAGUUCUGAGCCAUUCUGCUAAAUUUUGGAGGAUGAUCAUUUUGCCCUUUAUUUUUAAAGUUAGAAAUUUCAAGGGGAAAUGGUGCUAUAUGUUUAUUGUUAUUACUCUAUAACUUUGGAGUAAUGUUUAUAAGCUAUGAAACUGUGCUAAAAGUAUUAGCCAUUUGUUGUAAAUGCCAAUAAAAUACACACCAGGGGCAAGAAUAUACAUUUUCUUCUUUAGAAAACCAAAUGUACUUUAUACAAGAAUGCAACUAUUUAAAGAGUGGUUUCAUCUAUGUUACUGCUUUUUUGUUAUAAGAUAAAAUUGUAAUUUAAAUUUAGUCUUCUCUCAAAUUGUUUGUGUGAAGAUGUUGUGCCCAAUUGAACAGUCCUCAGGUAUUUGUAUAAAUAUAUUUUACGGUUGUCAAAUUUUAAAAUAUAAUAAAGUUAA